UUCCCUCCCUCCGGGGCUGGGCCUGCCCCGGCAGUCGCGGAGCCUCGGUCCCGCCGCGCGUUAGCUGUCUGUGUCUUGGCCACCGCCUCCAGGCAGCCCGCAGCAAGCCGGCUUCGUGGUCCGACGAGCUCAGCGCCCGCCCUCUCACCGCGAUGCUGUGCUUCCUCAGGGGAAUGGCUUUCGUCCCCUUCCUCCUGGUGACUUGGUCGUCCGCAGCCUUCAUCAUCUCCUAUGUGGUCGCGGUGCUCUCUGGGCAUGUGAACCCCCUUCUCCCCUAUAUCAGUGACACGGGAACAACUCCUCCAGAGAGUGGUAUUUUUGGAUUCAUGAUAAACUUCUCUGCAUUUCUUGGCGCAGCUACGAUGUAUACAAGAUAUAAGAUAGUGGAGAAACAGAAUGAGACCUGCUACUUCGGCACUCCUGUUUUUAACUUGGUGUCGCUGGUGCUCGGAUUGGUGGGAUGCAUUGGAAUGGGCAUCGUAGCCAACUUCCAGGAGUUAGCUGUGCCUGUGGUCCACGAUGGUGGUGCGCUUCUGGCUUUUGUCUGCGGUGUGGUGUACACGCUCCUGCAAUCGAUCAUCUCCUACAAAUCGUGUCCCCAGUGGAACAGCCUCGCCACGUGCCAUGUCAGGAUGGCCAUCUCCGCCGUUUCCUGCGCAGCUGUUGUCCCCAUGAUUGCCUGCGCUUCACUAAUUUCGAUAACCAAACUGGAAUGGAAUCCAAAAGAAAAGGAUUAUAUGUAUCACGUGGUGAGCGCCAUCUGUGAGUGGACCGUGGCUUUUGGUUUUAUUUUCUAUUUCCUAACAUUCAUCCAAGAUUUCCAGAGUGUCACCCUAAAAAUAUCCACAGAAAUCAAUGAUGACUUUUGAAAGAGCAAGAAUCCUGUCUCACUCAGGGAGUGUCACAGACAGUUUCUGGAAGUGGACAGAGGAUGGACAGGCUUGGAUGUCACCCUGAUCGGGACAUAUCUGUGGCACAUCCGGGACUUGAAUUUCAUUAAGAAUUCCUAGUAGUUGUUCAAUUUACAAAGGUAUGUUUCCCCAGAGAAUGGACAGCACCAACGACACUGUAGCAAUAUUUCUAUAUUUUCUAAGACAAUCUUUAAGAACAAGCUCAUAUGCAGAGAAGAUGGGGCAUUACGGAAAGCGGAGGAUUAUUCUUGUAUAGAUUCUUUAGGCUUUUUAAGUAAGAAUGAUUUAUGAAAAUACACUAAGAGAAAAAAAUUGCUGAGUUUAGUACUUUUUAUUAAAGAAGCCAAAUCAGGGGAUAUUCAUUUUAAAAUUUAAUUUUUUAAAAAAAAAUAUAGUGACCUGCAUACAUAUUCAUCUUAAGAGCAUUUAUACGAUUUAAUCCAUAAUGAUUAUAUACCCUAAUGGUACAGAUUUAGGUAAUAAAUGAACACUUACAGCACGCUGAGUUUUCAGUGCAUUAACAAAUGCUUUUAUAGUUAAGGCCUCCAAACUGUGUACAAUACUACAGUGCUCAUUAACCAGCAAGGGUGGAAGACCUCGGUUUGAAACUUGAGCCUCUUCGUUUGCUUCUCCCAGGAACCCACAGCUUUACUGCCGCUGUUAACUGGUGGCCCUAACUGGUGGCCCGGGAGUUCAUUCCAGGUAGGAUGUGCUCACAGGGGCAGCUUAGAAGCGGUAAAACUGCCCCUCGCAUCACAAGUUAGACUCACUUCUCAGUUUCCCUGUAAGCCAGUCAAAGAGAACACAGAUCCAAGUCAGGGAGAAAGGAGAGCGCCCGUAGAAACUUCCAGGGGUAGGUAGGUGGCUGUUUAUUUGCUCCGUUCAAUGCCUGUGGCCACUGUUCUAUGACACUAUAGAGGAGGUAAGUCAGGCCCUUUCCUACGCACGGCCUGGAGACUCCACCUUUCAUCCAGUUCACCAAUGGCAAAGAAACACUAGCUGUUGUCAAGGAAGAAGUGGCUAACAAGACCCCCAAGUUUCAUAUCUAAGUCUGGGCAAGCGGGAGCUGCCCCGAGGGCACGUGCCAAGGGCAGAGCAGCCCAUUUGAGCAUCCUUGGUGAAGGGGCACCGGGAGAUCCAGGGUCAUGUGUCUCCUUUGGCUGCUAAGUGAAGGGUGCGGCUCAGCAUCCACUUCCACUGACAUCCCGUGUCUUCCUCAGUGUGUAGUGGUGACAACCAAUAUCCAUUUCGGAGUCCCCUGUAACUUUUCACAGUACCGAACAUCCCCACUGUAAUCCGGAAACAGAAAGACAGUGGCUGUCAUUCUGAUGAGAAAGAAGAGCCGGUAUGUUUCCUGUGGAAGCUGUCAUGGACUGAAUCCAUGCCGUGCUUUGCUUUGAGCAGGAACAUUGUUGAUGUUUUCCCAGAAUGCACGUGGCUCUCUUUGCUUCCACUGGAGACCCGACAAUGUACCUUUACCCAGAGUGGAACACAGUGCCUUCUGGCACACAAUAGGUGCUUAAUAAAUACUCAUUGAAUGUAUACAUGGAUAAAUGAAUGAACAAUUCAAGUGAUGACUAAGGAUGUUUGAGGUGCUAAGGGGUUUAUUUACUUCUAGUUCACGGUUAUUCUAAUGUCAACAGCUAGUCUCUCUGUGCCAGUUAGUAAUGUUGUCCGUUUUGCUUUGUGAACUCGUUUCAACCUGUUCCAGUUGUGUGGGCUUCAUGAUUCUGUGACAACUCUCUUCUGGACAGAUACCACAGAAAUUGUUACAUGGGCUAGACCUGUCUUGGCAAACUGAGAAGGCCCCAAAUCACCCCAAGUCACACUCUACAGAUUCCACGCGACUUCUAACCGUAUCCCCCGUUUUGGUGGGGGUUUUUUUGUAUUUAUUUUUUAAAUUUCUAUAAAUGUGUAUUUCCUUGGACUUCAUACCUGAGAAAAUAAAGUAAAAUAUUUCUUUAUUUUAA